GUUCAGACAGGCAGUGUAAUUAAACGAAGUGUUGGUAAUGACGCAAUACUUGCAAAACUGCAAGAUAUCGAGCGAAUACUUGGUGAGUAAAGUUGAUCCCGCUAACAAUAAACCCUUUUUUUUUUUUUUUGAAUUUAGAGAUAGCCUUCACGAACUGAUAGUUAGACUUUUGGUCAAUUUUUGUUCCAGUCUCUUCUAUCAAACAACAGUACUUACUGGUACUUAUUUUCGCGCUGUUCAGUUUUAUAAUUUGGCGUUUUUCGCGAAAAAGAAUCCUCUUCAAAUUUAAACAAGCGAAAUUCGGUAUAUACUUCAUGGUAGAAAGCCACAAGUGCACCGGUAAUAUACACUCUGUGUAAUAUGUAGUAUUGUUUCUUCUCCCUAAUAGCUAGUGGUAGUUACUAGUAGUUACUUGUAGUUACUAGUAGUUACUAGUAGUUAGUGGUAGUUAUUAGUAGUUAGUGGUAGUUACUAGUAGUUACUGGUAGUUACUAGUAGUUGUCAGUAGUUACUAAUAGUUACUAGUGGUUAAUAGUAGUUCUUGGUAUUUACUAGUAGUUAGUGGUAGUUAUUAGUAGUUACUGGUAGUUACUAGUAGCUAUCGGUAGUUACUAGUAGUUACUAGUAGUUGAUGGUAGUUACUAGUAGUUGUCGGUAGUUACUAGUAGUUACUAGCAGUUGAUGGUAGUUAUUGGUAUUUACUAGUAGUUACUGGUAGUUGAUGGUAGUUUAUGGUAUUUACUAGUAGUUAGUGGUAGUUAUUAGUAGUUACUGGUAUCUACUAUCAGUUACCGGUAGUUACUAGUAAUUGCUGGUAGUUGUCGGUAGUUACUAGUAGUUACUAGUAGUUGAUGGUAUUUACUAGUAGUUACUAGUAGUUACUGGCAGUUACUAGUAGUUACUGGUAGUUACUAGUAGUUAUCGGUAGUUACAAGUAGUUACUGGUAGUUACUAGUAGUUACUGGUAGUUACUGGUAGUUACUAGUAGUUGUCGGUAGUUAUUAGUAGUUACUGGUAGUUAGUGGUAGUUCUUGGUAGUUACUAGCAGUUGUCGGUAGUUACUAGUAGUUACUGGUAGUUGGUGGUAUUUAUUUGUAGUUAAUAGUAGUUACUGGUAGUUACUAGUAGUUGUCGGUAGUUACCAGUAGUUGUCGGUAGUUACUGGUAGUUACUAGUAGUUGUCGAUAGUUACUAGUGGUUGCCAGUAGUUGUUGGUAGUUGUUGGUAGUUACUAGUAGUUACUGGUAGUUGAUAGUAGUUAUCGGUGGUUACUAGUAGUUACUGGUAGUUACUGGUAGUUACUAGUACUUACUAGUAGUUAAUAGUAGUACUUGGUAUUUACUAGUAGUUAGUGGUAGUUAUUAGUAGUUACUGGUAGUUACUAGUAGUUAUCGGUAGUUACUAGUAGUUGAUGGUAGUUACUAGUAGUUACUGGUAGUUACUAGUAGUUGAUGGUAGUUUUUGGUAUUUACUAGUAGUUCCUAGUAGUUACUAGUAGUUGCUGGUAGUUAAUAGUAGCUCUUGGUAUUUACUAGUAGUUAGUGGUAGUUAUUAGUAGUUACUGGUAUUUACUAGUAGUUACUGGUAGUUGCUAGUAGUUAUCGGUAGUUACUAGUAGUUGGUGGUAGUUAUUAGUAGUUACUGGUAUUUACUAGUAGUUACUGGUAGUUGCUAGUAGUUAUCGGUGGUUACUUGUAGUUACUGGUAGUUACUAGUAGUUGUCGGUAGUUACUACUAGUUACUAGUAGUUAAUAGUAGGUCUUGGCAUUUACUAGUAGUUAGUGGUAGUUAUUAGUAGUUACUGGUAUUUACUAGUAGUUACUGGUAGUUACUAGUAAUUGCUAGUAGUUGUCGGUAGUUACUGAUAGUUACUAGUAGGUGAUGGUAGUUACUAGUAGUUUCUGGUAGUUACUAGUAGUUAUCGGUAGUUACUAGUAGUUACUUGUAGUUACUAGUAGUUACUGGUAGUUACUUGUAGUUGUCGGUAGUUAUUAGUAGUUACUGGUAGUUAGUGGUAGUUCUCGGUAGUUACUAGUAGUUGUCGGUAGUUACAAGUAGUUACUGGUAGUUGGUGGUAUUUAUUUGUAGUUACUAGUAGUUAGUGGUAGUUGGUGGUAUUUAUUUGUAGUUACUAGUAGUUAGUGGUAGUUACUAGUAGUUGUCGUUAGUUACUGGUAGUUACUAGUAGUUAUCGAUAGUUGCUAGUGGUAACUAGUAGUUGGUGGUAGUUGUUGGUAGUUACUAGUAGUUACUGGUAGUUACUAGUAGUUGCUGGUACUUACUAGUAGUUAGUGGUAGUCACUUGUAGUUGUUGGUAGUUGCUAGUAGUUACUGGUAUUUGCUAGUAGUUAUCGGUGGUUACUAGUAGUUACUGGUAGUUACUAGUAGUUGUCGGUAGUUACUAGUAGUUACUAGUAGUUACUGGUAGUUACUAGUAGUUGUCGGUAGUUACUAGUUCUUACUAGUAGUUAAUAGUAGUUCUUGGUAUUUACCAGUAGUU